UUGAAUAGGUAAAGAUUACGAUAUUUUACUUAAAACAUUCAUGAUUGAUUAAUCUGGUAUUUUGCCUUGGGCAAGUUUAAAUUAGAACCUUUUCCACGCCAUACGGCAAAAACAGCUGUCUUUGUGUCUUAUCGCAUCUCGACGCGAUUCCCUUUGAAAAUCCUGCAAAUUCUCCUGAGUUUACAAAAUUGUAAAACACCGCAAAGGCUCUCAAUAGCCGAUACGAUGAUAAUGGAAAUUUGAUGAUGUCUGGUUUGUAAAAGUUCACGGAUCAAAUAGCAAGAUAUUCGAUACGAAAACACCACGCUAUUUGCAACAACGUGGAGAAGGAUAGGGCUAUCAGAAAAACUUUAAAGAACAUAUGAAAUAAAUGAUGGAUGCGGUCUCGAAUUUCUUCAAGACGCUUGACGCAUGCGCCUGGCGAGAGUCCAACAUGGCGGCUUACUUGUUGUGUUUGACAACAGAUGGGGGUAUUCCGCUGUUUACGAGAACUAAAGGUGAUUUACCCCAGCUACCCUUUCCAGUGGUUGGAUCUCUCAAUGGUGUUCAUAUGUUUGCCAAGAAUCAGGGUGUCACCCUUCACAACACUCUUACUGAUGAGGCAAAGGUUGUCUGGAAAGUCUUCAAAGACAGCAUUACACUCAUAAUUGUGACAUCAGAUGAUAAUGCUAGUGACCACCAUCUUAACUCAGUCCUGGACCAUGUCUUCAACUCCAUGGUGCUUUUGUUGGGUAUUGAUGAUCUCACAAGUCCUAAAAGUGUUGAAUGGCUCAAGAGAGAAAUGAGGUGCUGCUAUAGUUUAAUUGACAGUUUGCUUGAAGGGACGGACCUCGUAGGUGAUUUGACUAAAGCAGUUGAUGUCAUUCUGUGCCCAGAUGUCUCUAUUCUUCAGGAAUUCCUUGAUAACUUCAUUGCUGGUGUUGAGAGUGAGUUUGGGUGCUUGCUGGUGCUAGGGAAGGUGGCUGUCGCUACAGAGAGGUGGUGGGAGUUGACUGGCAUGGAAACAGUACUACUCUCUCUACUUGUCCAUUCCCUACCUCCCUGCUCAUCCAGAGAUGUACUUGUCUAUCUUCCAUACGGCAGCCCUAAGGUCCCUCACAGGCUUGUAACAUUCCAGAUUAUUGAGGGUAUUGAGGUCUGUGUCAUCUGUGGCCCGUCACCAACACUCCAAGACAUUGAGACAAAGUUCUUGGACCAGUAUUGGAGGCCCACAGUUGAUACACUUAAAUCAUGCCUGCGCUCACACCCAAGAAACCUGCCACCUGCAAUUACUGUCGACAGCAGUAUUCUAGGGUUUAUCCUGAUCAACACGGACGAGAGGAAGUGUUUGACAAGUGUCUACCCUUCAGGGGUAGUGACAGGAUCAGAUGGACUCACUCUACCUAUAGUGCGGAGGAAAUCAGCUCUCACAGCGUUUUUUAAGUCCAUAGUAGGGACGCUGUUCCCGCCAGUCCCACCUCUAACAGACGAGAAAGACGAAGAUGCGGCAGCGCCGUCAAGCAAUCUGACCAGCAGUCUACCCCAUCAAGCCGUAGAGACGUACGCAUGCGCAGUGGAUCACAAGUGCUACGCGGUGCGCACGGACGCGCACCAGUUGUUCGUCAUCUUCAACAAAGACGUGCCUGUGUACUCCAUGGGCCCUAUUGCGAACGCGACGUUGAGGAACCUAACAAAAGAGAAUCUCGUCUAGUCCUGAACAGAUGGCGGGGUGUGUCUAGAGGAAACUGCAUGGUAGGGUUCAGACCCCUUGGAUACCCUCCUAUGCACGUGCCUGCGUGGCAAAUCACGUGCGAAACACUAAGAUCACGUGAUGAAAGAGCUUACUCGAUACAGCUUACUGACAGACGCAAUAAAGGCCCCCGGUCCUCUGACGUGACCUGCUAUAAUAGCUGCGGGAAAGGCUGUAGCUGAAGCAAUAGGAUACAUUCUAACGACUAGCCAAUAUCGGUCACGUGGUCGUCAUGGCUUGUUUACAGAUUGCGCUGUUUGGCGCACUCCUUUGAUAUACCUAGUCCAAAAAGCAUGGCGUGACACGGAAGCCAUUUCGAAGUCACGACGGCCGUUAGAUCGCUAGCCAAUGAGAGAGCGCCAGAAGCCCCUGGCCUCCAAAAAGCAGACACGUGACGCAUACGCACACACGCAAUAAACCAACAACAACGCGAAGCUAAAAAACAAGUCAAACUUUAUUCAAACCCGAGAGGUGAGCUCCCUGUGGUUGAACGCUUAUCGUAGUCACCAACAGCGGGGUAUCGGAUAAACGCCGAAAAUAAUACCGACAAAUUAUUUUUAAUACGAUGACAUUUGAAAGAUAACUUUUAUAAGAAAUUUGCUUCGUGUGCUUACACGAGGCUUGACGAUGAUGGAUAUUUAUUUUUUGUGAAACAUGGUCAUACAUGUUCUAUGGAGAGCAGAUAACGAUCCAUGUGUUGUAGCCCGCUCGCGGUUCAUCGGUAACGUGUGAAUGGCUGAAUCGGUCUCUAAAAGCUAUGGGGAUGUUGAAAGGCACAUCAAGAAGAAUGCUACAGGUUUUUAAACCUGUAUUUGUAUUUGUAUCUACUUUUAUUUGCUCAUUUACAGCGGCGUAGCCAGGAUUUUUUACCCUUUCAAGGCAUUUUCUCCUGUAUCGUACAUUUACUGUAUUUUUGGCUGCUAGAAGGGGAGGGGGUGGGCUUGACCACGCCCCUGUCUACGCCCCUGAUUUAUUUGACCCCCAUUUUUUUAUCACUGAGUUACGACAUGAAUUCUCUGAGUGUAACUUGUUACUGGUUCGCUCAACUGGAUAUGUAUUUAUAUAUUAAAGCAGACAUUAGUAUAAAUAUCGCUAAACAAUA